UUAAGGCUGGCGUCCCAUGAUCCGCAAUUUUUUCCGGACCCGGAGAUCCGGAAUCUAGUUAUUUUUCACAGCGCCAAUCAGAGGCGUUCCGGUCAAACUAUUUGCGGGACGUUUAUAUCCCCGUGUCACAUGAAGCGCAUUUUACGUGGACGGAACGUUCACGGAAGCGUCGCCGGCGAAUCAAUAUGUUUCCUUUCGGCGCUGAGUUCAAAAAGUAGUACUGUGAUUGGAUACCAGCAAUUCCGGCGGAGUGAAUUCCGUGCCGUGGGACAAGGGUAGUUAAAAAUAACGGAAAUUAUGUUACCCAUACAUACAAGCAUACUAUAUAUGUGAUCACGCUUCGUCAGGGCGAUUUUGUAUACAUUUCAUCCAAGAAACAUAUGUAAAUGCAAAACAUACAGUGAAAAUACAGCAAAAAUGGAUUCUGAAACUGUGUUGUUAUAUAUUGGAACUAUUUGGGUUAAGUGGAAAGCAGUUAAGAACAUCUGGCAGAGAGAAGUUAUGCGCCGUAAAUUGUUAAGUUUAAUUCAUAUUUAUGAGACUUUGAACCCAGAGAGAGGUGAUUGCCAACGAAAUUUCUGGGUCCGCCCAAUAUUCACAACAGAAUGCCGAUUACGACAGGGUGCAAGUGACAAUUUGGUCAAAGAAAUGGAAUCAGCUGACAAAGAGAAAUACAUCAAUUACUUUAGAAUGACACCGGAACUCUUUAAUAAGUUAUCUACUGUGCUGGAACCUGGCCUAACAAAACAAACUGUGGUUCGUGACCCGAUUCCUGCCAGAACCCGAUUGGAAAUUACCCUUCGUUAUUUAGCAUCGGGCGACAGCAUGAUGUCAAUCUCUUAUGCUUUUCGGGUUGGACACAACACCGUUUCCAAAAUUGUAAAAGAAGGUUGUGACAAAAUAUGGAACACUUUGAAGGAUUCAGUAUUUUUGACGCCGAAUGUAAAUAAUUGGAAAGCAAUAGCUGAGAGCUUUAAUGAAAAGUGGAACUUCCCUAAUUGUAUAGGAGCUAUUGAUGGCAAACAUGUAGUACUGCAAGCACCACCGAACAGUGGUUCAAUGUACUACAACUACAAGGGGACUCACAGUUUGGUCUUGCUAGCAUGCAGCGAUGCACACUAUCGGUUCACUCUGAUCGACAUCGGUGCUGAAGGACGCCGAAGCGAUGGGGGUAUAUUCCGGACUAGCAAUAUUGGCAAACGAUUCGAAGAGGAUUCACUUCAACUUCCUCCGCCACAAUCUGUUUAUGGCAGCAGUGGACCAAUUUUGCCUUUUGUAUUGCUCGGCGAUGAAGCUUUCCCACUGUCUAAAUAUAUGAUGAGACCAUAUCCCCGGAGUUCUGCACUAAAUAGAACGAAAAAGGUUUUUAAUUAUAGGCUGAGCAGGGCACGAAGAGUGGUAGAAAGUGCAUUUGGAAUUAUGUCAGCGAAGUGGAGAAUUUAUCGUCGGCCAAUUAUUGCAUCCAUGUCCACCGCAACAAAAAUUGUUCAAGCAACAUGCUGCUUACACAAUUACAUAAUUUCACAUGAAGCUGAAAUGCCCACUGCACAGAGAUUUUACUCCAUCCUAAGCACCGAAGAACGUAGCGCCGGUUCUUAUGCCCUCCGUGACAUAGAAAAUGCUGGUUUGGCAUCACACAGCGUUCAUGCAACACGAGUCAGGGAGCAAUACGCGAAUUUUUUCGAAGGUGAGGGUGCAGUGCCCUGGCAAUGGGAGAGAGUCAUGAGGAACGACUUCUAAUAUAGUAUUUUUUGUAAUAUAGUAAUUUAACAUUAUGUAUCUCUAACCUGAGUAAAGACUGAUCGACUCGCAUAUA